CCUGUUUAUCCUUUGGAUUAAAAGUCUAUUUGGUGGGGGUGUUGCUCCAGCCCUAUAUUAUAGGAUAAGGUUCUACAACACUACAUACUGUUUACGACGAAGCUCCAGAAACAUGUCUAUCUAUACGGUUUUGGCUGCUUUGUUGGUGCUGAGUAUCACAACUACAGGUAAGUGUCCCCAUGAGAGCUCAAUAUUGAAUGCUCUACCACAUUACUUACAAUUCCAGGUUAUCUAUGAGCCUGAAAUGCCAUAUGGGGUUUAGGCUGUGAACUAGGAACUAUGGCGUUCCUGCAAUUUUUAGGUCUAUAUAACCAAAGUGAAAACUUUUUUCUAAUUCCAUUUGUGAAAUUUGGAAUGGCAGUAUGGACAUCGGAAGCUUUAUUUAAGGAAGUGACUUAAAGGCAGGCAGUAGUAAUAUUAAUGUUGUCCCUUCAAUACUUAUUUUCCAAAACAUUUCUAGAUAUACAGACAACCUUUAUGGAUAUUUACUACAAUAUUAAUAAACAAAAUGGUUUUGUAUAUGGGAUCCUAGUGAUUAUAUUUAACUAAUAGAUUUAGAAGUUUUGUUCAAGUGUCAUUAUUUUCUGAUUUGUUGAUUGAUCAUGUGCCACAUUACCUCUAUUUGUCCGGUAACACUUAUCCUUAUAUCCGUAUGUGAGUGUAUAAAAUAUUCAAUAAGAUGCCAAACCAUAUUCACUAAACCAGAAAUUGUUGAGAAUAGACAAGACACUGCAAUUAUUGGGUCAGACUUUAAUGUUGUCGAUUUUAAAAAUUAAAGUUGGAGAAUUUUUCCACUUCAGCUAUUUUGUCCUAAAAUUUUAAUCCUUUGCCAAUUCUCAACAAUUCCCGAUUUGAUAAGUAAAUCAUUUAAAUCUUGUGGAUUAUUUGUAAUCACUGCAAGUUCUUUUUAUUAGUAUCCUUUAUUUAAAAAAAAACCUAAAUAUUCCACAAAGCUGAGCAAUACAUAUAUUUAUAUAUGUAAUUUAUGAAUCUAUUAUGGACAUGCAUGUUAUUAAUAGCUAUGUAUAUAUCAUGAAAAUAACAAAUUAUAAAUAAAAUUGUGCUUAGAAUAUAUACACCAAUAUGUUUUAUAGAAAAUGCAUGCACUAAUAUCUCUCAAGGUGGGAAAACUGCAAUGUUUUACAUUGCAGAGUAAAAUGACAGGACCACAGCUCCCAGACCACUAUAAUGAGAUGGUUAACUAGAGGGGUCCUUUAAAUGGAACCUGUUUAGACACCUGAGCCCUGCAACUGCAAAAGUCUGAUACAAUGUUUAUACUACCCGGGCAACAGCAGAAUUGGUGUAUUUGUUAAUUUAUCUGUAUCUGUGUCAUUGUGUAUAUGUGUGUCUGUGUUUCUGUAUAUGUGUUUGUGUGUGUCUGUGUGUGUGCAUGUAUGUGUGUUAGUGUUUGUAUCUAUGUGUCUGUGUAUUCAGAUGUGUGCCUGUGUAUGUGUGUAUGUGUAUCAGUGUGGAGUGGGCAGUGUAUAUCUAUAUGUGUAUACAUCUGAGCAUUCAAACUCCAACACUACCCACAAAUGCAACCCUGCAUGUAAACAUCAGCACUAUAUACAGGCACACAAGUAUACAAAUGCUUUUAAGUGGCAACAGUACAUAAAAACACACAAACACAAUACUACACAAACACUCCGGCGUACUCCGUACAAAAACAUGCAUGCAAAGCACUGUGAGAAUUGUAUGACAGAUGGGGAGCUACCUUUUUUUCCAUCCUUGGAAUAUGCCCCCCCCCCCCAAAACAUUCUUACACUCUGCUUUGGUUCCACCACUGUACCAGGGGCCAGGGCAUCUCUGAUUCCUGAUUAUCGCUAUUGAAAUCUUAACAGCUUAAUAGUUCUAAAUAGAGUCUGUCUGAUAAAAUAAGAGAUGAUUGUGAAGUAUGGUAUCAACAUGUUGGAUUUAACUGUUCUUGUACAUUAAACAUUUAUGCAAUGCUGAUAAAAAAAACCCUCCUGUUUCCUGUUUCCAUUUUAUCUUGACUCCGUGCAAUCUCUUGUUAGAUUAACCGUUCUCCUAGAACAGCAUGUGAGAAAUAUAUGUACUUGGUACUAUUAAGACCUGUCAAAUUCCUAUUUCUGAUUUUGUGCAUAGUCUAUUUAUCGAAAUCAAAGUAAGCAACACUGAUGUGUAUGACCUUAGUAUGGCUGAUUGCCUAAACUAGGUAAGGGUAAGGGUCAUUUUGAAAAGUUUAGCUUUUUCUGUGUUAUAUACAUACCACCCAACAUUGCAGAAGGAUUGGCAAAUAGGGAAACUUUAAUUUCACUGGUGUGAGUGGUGGUGUGACCUGUACUAGGGCUGCUCCGAGUUAUUGUAAGUGACUUUCUGAUAACAAUUUUUAAAACUAAAAUGUGAUUUAGAACAGGAACAAUGCAUCUUAUUUACACAGACUGCUUUCUAAACACAUUUAUUGUAGUUUAAAGACACAUUACAAUGAGUAUUAUUGCUGCAAGACUCUGAUAUACACUCAGACACAAAAACAAUAGAGCUCCGAGAAAAAGGGUAGCAUUCGAAUAGAAAAGAGGGACAGAGGAAUUUGGCUCAAAAUAGUGACUGCCCCUUCUAAACAGGGUAACUUGAAAUGUAUCCAGAAAAAAUAGAAAGAAAUAACCUGGAAUGUAUAUAUAUUUAUGGAAAGCUAUUUACUUCUCCCAUAUCCAUGUUACUGCAAAUGUUGCCUACUCAAUAUCAAGUCAACAUCUGCAAUGGAGACUCAAUUCAAAAAUAUUGAUAUUUUACAUUUGCAACUUAUCAAUUUUCUGAAAAUGAAACAAAAGUAAUAGAUACUAAUCUCAAAUAUCACUGCUCUCCUUAAAUCUCUUGCAUGUUUAGUCCUUUAUGUUGCGCUAUGGCCACUAUAAUAUUAAAUAUAAGGUAAACAUAAACAUCUAAAUUAAAAAGGGCUUUUAUCUUCUCAGUGUCCAGGACACCUCUCUAAUUUUGUCCUUGUGUUUAUUGGAUUAUAACAUCACAGACUCCUGAGUAUUUACCUGGCAUUAACAUUUCUUCAGGUUAUUGAGUGCGCAAACAUGUUAAUGGAUUAUAAACCUUGGAAAGCAAGCAUAUGUAGAUCUGGCAUUGUGUGAAAACAAUACACUCUCCCACAUGUCAUUGAGUCAUGUAAGCUGGUAUAAUACUUACAGAUUGUCAGAGAGAGAUUGCUGGUUAAUAUGUAACUAUGGCUACAUUGCAUUGAUUACCCAUCUAAUGAAAUACUUAAUUUCCUGCUAAUUUACAUUUAUCUGUAAAAUGUAUCCAUUAAUAUUGUUUUGUGUAUUUGGAUGCAUAAGUCCCAACAUUUCAAAUGGACAAAGAGGGAAACUUUAUUUUAGGAGUGUGAGUGGGGGUUUGGUCAAGGGGAAGGGCUGUUUAAGUGAUUUACUAAUAACAAUUUAUACAAUUAAAAUGGAAUUUAGAACAACAAUGUAUCUUUUUUUGCACAGACUGAUUUCGAAACACAUAUAUUGUAGUUUAAAGAUACGUUACUGUGAGUAUUAUUGCUGUGGAGCUCUGUUAUACACUGAGACAAACCAAUACUAUCGAGAUCCUAGAAAAGAGGGAUAUUAGAAGAAAAUUAGAGAAACAGAGAGAUUUGUGUCCAAAAAAGGGACUGCUCAUCCUAAUUAGGGACACUUGGGAUAUAUGUAAGUAUGUACAACUACUGUUUCUGUCUUUUUGUUCCAGAAUGUUAUCCUCGAGGUCGGAUACUGGGAGGAAAGGAGUCUGCUGGCAGGCCAUACAUGGUGUCACUGCAACUUGAUGGAGUCCACUUUUGUGGUGGGCUGUUGAUCUCUGAUGAGUGGAUACUCAGUGCAGCUCACUGCAUGCCCGCUGGGUAAAUACAUCUAUUGAUUCAACAAACAUUUACCAAGACCAUUCUAAAAUGUAUAUUUAGUGAUAGUCAAAAUUGACAAAUAUUGAUUUACCAAUAAACUUAGGUGAGCACCCAUAGUUUUCUUAUUUUGAUUUAUUUAACUCUUCUGUCACUUUAACUUUUCUUUCAUUAGUAACAAGACACUCCAUGUGAUGCUUGGGGAGUCCUCUCUGAAGCAAACAGCAAACAGCAAAACCAGAGUGGAAUUUGAAAUCAAGAAGUAUUUUGUUCACCCGCUUUACAACAGUAGCUUAAUUGCUCAUGAUCUGCUGUUAUUGAAGGUAAGGAGAGACUAUUAUAUAUUAUUUAUACACAGGUAAGGUAAUAAACAUGCUCAGAACAUUUAUACUUACAAGGUUAUUUACAAAAGUGAGAAUUCUAUGUGAAUGUCAAAAUAUCUGAACUGGGAAAAUUGUCAAGGUCAGCUAUGCUUUCAGUUUGGCUACUCUGGACUCAAAAUGUGAAAUGCUCUUUGAUUUUACUUGGAAUUCUCACCUAAGUAAAUAACGGUGUCAGAACUAAUGUAGAGAGGGCUCUGGUGCAGAAAAACUAUAGUGCUCCCUAUAGAGCAGGGGUGGCAAAAUGAUAGAUCUGUAAUUUCCACAAAACUUUGUAAGGAGUGGAUUUACAAUGUGUCCAUUCUUCCGGGGGUAUAUUUGUGAGCAUUGCCUGUGUUUGAAUCUAGGUGUGCUUUUGUAUGCAGUAUGCAUUUACAGAUAUUUUGCCUCUAGUGCUGGAGUUUUUAACUCUGAGAUUUUUCUGUGUACUGUGUUUGCAUUUGAAUGCAGUGGUGUGUUUGUGUGUAGUGUUAAUGUUUGAAUGUAGGGGUGUGUUUUCAUUUAUUAUUGGUAAUUAAAUCCAUUGGUAUGUUUGUUGGUAGUGUUGGUGUGUGCAUGCAGUGGUUUGUUUUUUUGUAGUGUUGGCAUUAGAAUGCAGUGAUGUGUUUAUGUGUAAUGUUGGUGUUUGCAUGCAGGCUUUAUUCACAUAUAGACAAUGCAGGCGCCGAAGCACACACACUGACAUACACAAGACCUCUCUCCAAGACCAGCUAUUAAACUGAAACGCUGCACAUACAGACUACAAGUAGCAUGAACACUUCAAAUUACUGAAGUGGUCAUUUAACUUCUAUGUUAUAUAUGUAGUGGGUUAAUAUUUCUAUGUUCUAUAUUUAAUGGGUUUCUUAAUGUACCAACAUUAAGAAACCCAUUAAAUAUAGAACAUAGAAUUAUUUUAAUUUUAAGUUCCUUUUAUCAUUCUUUGUUUUACAUAUGCAACCUUCAAAUAUAUAUAAACAACUUACAAUAUGGUUGCUCCAAAUUUAACCUCCAUAGUUAACCUACUGUUCUAAGAAGAAGUGCAAAAAUGUUAGAGGGGAGUCAGCGGUAGUUUCGAUGGUGAUUGUCCCAGUUUUCGUAAUUUAUUCUCCCACAUUAAAAUUAGUGUAGGAACGAAUUGGGGUACUGUGAAGUAGUGUUUGGUCUUAGCACAAUAUGGCCAUAAGGUGGAACUGAAUACCCAUAUUUAUUUGCUGAGAUAGGUGAUUUAUGUAGCCUUACAAAAUGUAAAAUUAUUUUUAUGUGUGCACUAUUCAUUUUUCUGUAUUAUGUAUAUAUUUAGGUCUCUACGGCAGCACCCUUCCUGCGAGCUGCAUGUUUCAGGCAUGCCCCCAAUUCCCGUUUUGCCUUUACUUAUUUUUUUACCACUUAUUAGAGCAGAGCACUUGGAUACAUUUUCAUAAAUGUGUCAUAUAGUGACAAGCUAAAAUACAUAUAUCCAAAUAUAUUAUGUUUGUGGCGGAGCCUAGCAUUCAAAAACUACUGAUUACAAUAUUGUUAAUGGUGUUUUUAAUUAUAAUAGUGGUUUCAUUUACUAGAGAUAUUGGUUGAUUCAUUAAAGUUGAGUGACAGACAGAUUUCUGGGAGUAAUUUUCGAGAUGUGAAUUUACCUGAUGUCUCUUGAUUUGAUUUCCAGCUCCCAAAUAAGGUCAAUGUGAGUGAUGCCAUUAAGCCCAUGCCAUUCCAGAAAGAAGAUGUUGAUAUUCCAGAGGGCACACGUUGUUUAGUGUCUGGCUGGGGACAGAUAAGGCUUACUGGCAAGAGGCCAGAUACUUUAAAUGAGGUGUUGGUUACGGUGAUCAGCAGAGACCAAUGUAAUCGUCGAGACUACUAUGAUAAUGAACUUACUGACAAUAUGAUGUGUGCUGGAGAAAAGGGCAAAGACUCUUGUGAGGUGAGGAAUGGUACAAAAUCAGGUUGUUGGAGUAUGUAGAUAUCAUUAUAAAAAACAUACAAACAUAGAAUGUGACAGCAGAUAAGAACCAUUUGGCCCAUUUAGUCUGCCCAAUUUUCUAAACACUUUCAUUAGUCCCUGACUUUAUCUUAAGUCUAGGAUAGUCUUAUGCCUAUCCCACGCAUGCUUAAACUCCCUCACUGUGUUAACCUCUACCACCUUAGCUGGAAGGCUAUUCUAUGCGUCCAUUACCCUCUCUGUAAAGUGAUACUUCCUGAAAUUAUUUUUAAACCUUUGCCCCUCUAAUUUAAGGCUAUGUCCUCUAAUUGUAGUAGUUUUUGUUCUUUUAAAUAUAGUCUGCUCCUUUACUGUGUUGAUUCCCUUUGUGUAUUUAAAUGUUUCUACCAUAUCCCCCCCAUCUUGUCUUUCCUCGAAGCUAGACAUGUUAAGAAAAAACAGGACAUUGUUAUGCUAGUAUCUCUUAAUGACAGGAAGGAUUGACAAAUACUGCAAUAUGUGCAUGCCUAAUUAUCUGCAUAUUUUUAGUAAAAAGAACAAACAAAAAAAAACAGGAAAAAUAACAAGAGUAAGUCAGGCAAAAAUCAGGUAAUUAUAUGAUAGAAGGUAUAGUAGCUGACUUACAAAUUGCAGUAAAGCUUACAAUACAGUAAAGUAUAUCAAAAAGAAGAACCACUGAUACAUAGAGAAUACAUAUCUCAAUGACGUCAGAAAGCUAUAAAGGAAGCCCAUAGCAUAAGUAACCUGAAUAUAGUCCUCAUGGGCCAAAUCAGGACUUAACUAAACCCAGAUCUGAAAUACACAGGCUACACAUAUUGAGAAUGGAGGGAGUAGCAGUAGUGCGGGUAUGAUGCAGGGCACCCCACCAGCCAAGGAUGGGGUUCUGGCCAGCAUCUUUGAGCCACAGACUUUGAGGUUCAAUAAGUCCCAGUCCUACCCAGACAGGGUGGAGCAGAAGGCUGUGAUGUUGUAAUACCUGCGUUCGGUCCUUAGUACUGGUGGGUGAUGCAGUAGAGUCUUGCUCUUUUUGCUCUUGGUCUAGGUCGGCAGACAACAGAAUGUACAUGCGCUUUAACAGCUGAAAGGCUUGAGGGAGGCCCACACACCACACGGCACCUGCCCCUCCAAUCACUUGUUAAGAGCUUAGGCUUCACCAUGGCUUGUCGAGCUGUUAAUGAGGCCCAGAAAUGAUCUACAAGGUCUACAAUGUUCUAGGUAAUGGUCUACAAGGCAUUCCUUCCUGGUCUGCAGCGACUCAGAACCAAGUAGAGACAUCAUCUUGACAUAACGUGUGCUUUAUUUCCCCCUUUAUGGGGCUUUAAGAAAUCCCUGUAAGAGACCUACGUUGUCGCAAGCAGGAGAGCGCCCGCCUCACCUGCCGGGCAAGUCCACUAGGCCUCACCGUAGCCUCUGUUAUAUGCAGGAAUUGUGGACAGUUGCAGUACUAAGAGGUGUUCAGGCCGGUACUGGAACAGGUAAGACUUGAGAAAGGGUUCUGUGGCGAGCUGGUAAACAGUUAAUUCUCUAAGUUUGGAGAUUGAACUUGGAGCUCACACAAUGUGCUUCUAGCCACCAUUAUGUCCCUUUUUAAUAAUGAAUGUAUAUGGAAAAUAAAUAGUGUGGGAUUAUAUUGAAUCUGUGAAAAUGCCUGAGCCCAUAUCAUUGCCCACCCACCUCACUAUUUUGGCCACUGUCCCACCUCCCACCCUAAUCUGCCUGGAGUGGCUACGGUUCCCCAAUCCCUUAGACGUGUCCUAAUAAAAUGUUAUCUUAUCAGACAUCUUCUUCUUUAAAAAAACCAAAAAAAAUAAAAACUAUGACUAUAAAAAAAAAAAGACAUGGGGAAAAUAAACCCUACUGAAAAAAAUAAAAUGACUCAACAAAAAUGAAUCAAUGUGAGUCCGGCAAGGGCUCUGCACAGAAUAAGCUUUCAAGGCAGGGAAAGUCUUUUUAUAAAGGCUUUCCCAUAGUUUAAAAUCUCAGAAGAGAGCUCUGGUUGGCUUGUAAGACAACCAAUCAGCACUUUGGAAGGCAAAUCUCAAUUCUCGCAACACUUGUGAUGGGAAUAUUCCCAGGAAUUCAACAAUUCAGGUCCAGGUUUAAGCUGUCCGGCAGCUUUUGGUCAGGCUGAAGUCGGAACCAAAUACAGGCUUGUUUAGAGUCUGCAAAUCCAAACAUGGUUAAUUAGUAUAAUGCUUUAAAAUUCCCUGGUAAAACUUACCUGGUAGUCCACUGGUGGUUAAAGUUAAAAUUCCCUAAUGGUCCAGCAGGGCUUAGAAUUCUAGCAUGAGGGCUUUGGGUUUGUUUUUUUGUCUAAUGGGAGAAGGAGUGAACACUAGGACCUGGCAGGGAGCCAGUACUAGGAAGGGAGAGAAAGCAAGAAACCCACUAGAGGGCAGAUUAAAAAGGUGCUGCUGUAUCCAAUGCAUCCCUUCCAGCUGACUCUUGUGUGGGUAUCUGUGGUUUGCAGCUCUAUUGGGUGCAAACCACAGUGAACACUCCAUCUUCCAGUGCUCGUUAGUGAGUGCAGGACUGUAAGGGUGCAACUACAUUGUUUUUACCCGAUAGUUUCCUGCAUCAGCCCUGUUGCUUGCCCACAGCAGGGCUAAAGGGGAAAAAAAACAUUUUUCCAGCCCAGAACUAAAAAUAGGAAUUCCCCAUCCAUGGCCAGGGCACAAUAACCACUGUAGCAGGCUAUAAGGGUUAUGUUGUUUGUAAUUUAAUGUUAUAUUACUCUAGAACAAUAACAAAAAUGUGAAAAAAUCUUGAAACACAGCAUUCACAAAGGGUUAAACUAACUUUCAAGUAUAACUAAUUUUUAGCAACCAAGAGGAACUUUCUUUAACUUAGAUUAGCAAGUCUAUCCCUGUCUAUUGUGUAUUUCUUUAUCUGUUUGCUUUUUGACAUUGCAAAGCUUUGUUAUAUUGUAUGUACACCACUCUCAAAUUUCUUACCCGUUUUGUGUUUCUUAUCCUCUACUUUUUUUCUUACACUCACCUUUAGUAUAUCUUAUCCCCCAUUUUUUCCCUUUGUGUCUCAUUCAUCCCAUCCUUUGUGUGUCGCUUAUUUCCCCCCAGCACCUUUGUGUGUCUUUCUUCCUCCAGUCCCUUUGUGUGUAUCUUUCUUACCCCAACUCCGCUAUAUCUCUGUGUACCCCAGCCCCACUUGGUGUCUCCCCCAACCUCUGGCUGUCUCAUUUGCCUAGCAUCUAUCUGUCUCUUUUGCUCCUUCCCCAGCCCCUCUGUGUUGUCUCCCCCUCUUUGUGUCCCCCCCCAGCCCCUCUUGUUGUCUCCCCACAAACCCCAAGCCCAAUUUGUGUGUCUCUUCCACCCAGCACCUUGUCUCUUUUUCCCCAGCUCCUGUCCCUUUGUGUCCCCACAGCCCCUCCAUGUAUCUCAUCUCCUCCACGAGUCUCAUUCUCCCAGCCCCCUUAAGUGUCUUAAUUCCUCUCCCCAGCCACUCUGUGCUCACUUCCUGCCCUCCAAUCCUUUCAUGUGUUUCAUUCUCCCAGACCCCCAUGUGUCUCAUUCCUCCAUGUCUUAUUCUCCCACCCCCCAUAUGUCUCAAUAACCCAGCCUCCCCAUGUGUCUCAAAAACCCAGCCUCGCCAUGUUUCUCAACCCUCCAGCUCCCCCUGUGUCUCAAUCUCCCAGCCCAUCCCAUGUUUCUCAAUCCACAACCCUCCCCAUGUGUCUUAAUCCCCCAAUGCCUCCAUGUUCCUCAAUCCAGGAAGCAGUUUGGCACUCUCAGUUAGCGAUUCCUGUCAGACCAGCUUGGUAGAGUGAAACAAACUCCUUCCCCGUGCUCGGCCAUGCUACAUACAGAGACUGGCAGGAGGGGAGCACUGUGCUGCGCUAUCCUCCUACCGGUCAACCAAAUCCAUUGCCCCCCGGGCAGGUGCACCCCAAGGGGCCGCCUUAUGGUAGCAGCGGCCCUGUGCAUGAGAGAAACUGGUGGAAUUGGGAAGAUUUGGUUUUUGGGUUUGUAUGCUAAUAUUUUUUUCCUGAUACUGGAAUAAAGUUUCUAAUAAGUUUUUCUUUAUUUAAUAUAUCCUAACAGGGAGACUCUGGAGGACCCCUGAUAUGUAAUAGCGUGGCUGUGGGUAUAGUGUCUUUUGGAUCUCGCAAGUGUGGCAAUGCCAAGAGGCCAGGCAUCUAUACUCGCAUUGUUCGCUACAAUAAUUGGAUAAACAGCACCAUGCAUAAUGCCACCCUGCAAACAACAACCACUUCACCUAUAAAACUGUAAGAGGCAUCCCAAGAGCAUGUAUAAUGAGAAAAGUACUCGGCUAUGGAUUCCAUGACAUGUAUCAAAUUUUAACUAAAUAAAAUUAAUUGAAAUUGUUCAUCUGGGCCUGUAUAUCAAUCUGCAGUUUAUUUUGAGAAGCAAAGACAUUUGUACAUCUUCAAAAAAAAUUGGAUUUGUUGUUUAAUAAAAUUUAUUUGAGGCAAGCAGAUGUAAGUGUG